AUGUGCACCGUUCGUCAAUCCGUCCACAUCCUGGUCCGUCCACCCGGCCGUCGCCUGCCCUGUCUGCAGGUCACCGCACCACUUCGCCUACCUGCGCCCGCCUUCGCACGCUGCCGACUUUCCUGACUCCGCAGCCUUGCCAACGCACGCCUCCAAUGGCCCCCUGUUCUUGUCCGAGCGCUCCUGUCAAUGCCCUCGCACUUUUCAACAUCCGUCCGGCCGUCGCCUGCUGAGCCUGCACGUCACCGCCCCCUGUCCGCCGAUCCGCGCCGGCCUGUUCAACUCACGCCCGCGCGCCGCCGCCUCCACGCCGGGACUCUGGCUAUCUGCCCUCCAGUCUUGCUGAGCCAAUGCCUCCACUUAGUCACCAGCAGCUUGCCGCCGCCGUCCUCAUGUUCCAUCGGCCAUCAAGAGUAUCGCGCAUGACGCCCGCCGUUCGCAACCUGAGUCUCGUCGCUAUGGACUCCCUCGCUCACCAACACUCGACAUUGCAGAUAGGUUUCCCCUCGUGUCCGCUGUCCAACACAGCCCCUCUCAGAGCCUCGAUGGCCCGCUUGGAGUUCGGUUCUGUAGCUUCGCAAUGUGCCCGCCCGGUUCUCAGACCCGCUGUGCGCUCCCCUGCUAGAACCUCGCCCGACUCGCGCGCUCUCGCGCCUCUCUCCCUCUUCUCUAUCGUUUCGUCUCACCAUUCAGAUUGCUGAGAUUCGCUAGAGAACAGGUCCGUUGUAAUCACAUUAUCGUUUCACUCGCCUAUCGCCUAGUCAGAUUGCUGAGUUUCCAUAGAGAACAGAUCGCUCGGCCGCGUCCUCACCGCCUCGCGACUUCUCGACCGGGGAGCACUUGCCACGCCGUCCUGCCUCGCAACCCCCUCCGAAACGAUCCGGCUCGUGCCGUCACACGAAUCCCCAGCGACCUCCGGUCCCAACUUAACAAAAUUCACUACCUGGACCGUCUUGCGCCGCCUACGCGUUGCCCACCGUCGAAUGAGGGUGUCACGUACGGCACGCACCUUGCGUCACACAUGGCGCUUGGGCUCCUGUGCGCCGGCUCCGGUCAAUACACUCUCGGGACCUCAAACACCGCGGUUGCAGCCCUUGGCAGCACUUGGCAUCCCCGCCUUCCCACCCACACCCGGUGAAAACCGUUCCCAUCUGCUAGCCUACAGGCUUCUGUGGACCAUUGCCGUGAACCGCGCUGCCUCGACUUUCGGAGGCCCGGGACACUGACACGGGCGAUCUGUACGGCAGCAAGGUCUUUGGGACGUGGUUCGGCGAGUGGCAAACUUGAGGCUUCGUCGUCGUCAUCAACGGCGAAAAGGACUGCUUCAAGGACCGGGUCGACGUCCACAGCUAACGAAGCGCUCUUUCGAUCUACUUCGAUUGACUAUCUCGCUCAGCCUCCUCGAAAGCCUGUCGUUCCGUCGGCUGCCCACGCCGAACUUGGUUCCUUCCGUCGCUGAGGAAUCACGUUCGACUUCACGGCAUCUGGCUCUCGGACCCGACGGAAGCCCAAGCGCUCUCCCUUUACCUCGUGCAUCACCACGCGCCUUCUUUCUCUGUUUUGAAACAGUUGUCGCGCGUGGCACGGACGGUUCGGGAGAUUGUCGGGCUGCGCUUGAGGACGAUGGGGAAGAGGCUGGAGGAGAGAACGGGGACGCCGAGCUGGAGUGAUGACUUUGGGAAGAGCUUGCUUGAGGCUUGGCAGUAA